AUGACAAAACUGGCUGAGAAUUUAUCGUACAAUCCGCAGUCUUCCUUGAAACGAAUGCUGAAUUACAUAUGGGAGCCUAAGCUGUCAAGUCGCUUCACUGCGUACGGAACAUCGAAGAAGCUAGCUCUCUUAAAAUGUCACUUCUAUAAAGUUAUAACGUCCGUCAUUGUCAGCAAGUUCGCUUCUGCUACGAUGCCCGAGGACGAAGUUAUAAAAGCUUUGAGAGAUACUACUAAGGCCUACUUCCACGACGUACGUGAUCGUGUCUACAAAAGGUGUACCCGGCCAAGAGUUGCUGUUGACAAGAAGAAGAGUGACCAGAACAUCUCUGCUAAUAUGUCAAUGGACCUACUGGAUGACGGCGAGCAGAUGUCAAGCCGCAUUUAGACUUCAUAUGACUUCAAGCUUUAUUUUUUCCCAAGUAUUUGUAAACCAUCCAAUACAUACUUGGGUUUUUUUUAAUGCGAAGACAAUAUUUUUGUAUUUCUUGAAUUGCUCCAUGGAUUAUUAUUAUUAAUUGUCUGUAUCAUUUGUAACUGUUAAUGUUCAUUAAUCUUUAAGAAUGAACUUGCCG